AUGUCCAUUCCAGAUACGCGAUCUUCUGUGGAAACGGGCGAUGGCUGGACGCCUCUAUCCAUGAACAUGACUCUGAAAUACACAAAGCUCAGUUGUGGUAUAACUGCAAUUCCACCUUUGGACAUCAACCGCAGAGUCUCUCGCCAUCUCGCUGUGGCUCGGAGUCAGACGGAUUUACUCCGGGUUCUCAAGGAGGAAGGUCUGGCUGUUGUCGAUGCACGGAAUGCUAAAACGUAUGCGACGGUUUUGGUCCUGGCAGCAGAGAGGGGUCACACAAGCAACGUUCGCUGUCUGCUGGAUCGAGGGGUUAGUGUCGAUGCCCAAAACUCAGAAAGGAGCAGUGCACUGCAGGUAUCUGCUAGAGCUGGGCGGUUGGAAGUUGUUGAGCUACUGCUGAAUGCUGGAGCUGCAAUGAAUGGGAGUGACAACAAUUCCUGGACACCGUUGAUGCUGGCGAUUCGAGAGGGACACGCCGAUGUUGUGCAGGCUUUAGUGGGUCGACGCGCAUCACUCGAGAUGCGAAAUAAUAAGGGCGGGACGCCUCUAAGUAUUGCAGUGCAAUGUGGUCGUGUGGCGGCCGCUCGGCUGCUUCUAAGUGCCGGUGCCAAGGUGGAUACGAUGGAUAAUGAGGGUAUGACCCCGUUGAUGUUCGCCUCGAGGAACGGACAACUCGCGUUGGUGGAGCUUCUAGUCACUAGAGGAGCGAGUCUAGAAUUGCACUGCAAGUCUGGUCAUACUGCACUGCAUCUCGCAGCAGGGAACGGACGACUAGAAGUCGUCCGAGAGCUGCUGAGUGCAGGGGCAGACUUGACGGCUCGUGAUCAGGUCACUGGAUUAACACCGCUAAUGUACGCAGCAGCUCAGGGCCACGCCUACAUUGUGGAAGAUCUGUUGCCAUUGUCAUUCCAGCGCGAGGUCGACGCAGUAGAGAACAAGAGCAAAGAAGGAUGUACAGCUCUGUAUUUGGCUGCGUCGAAACAACACAAAGCUGUGUGUGAAUUGCUGCUGGACGCAGGCAGAGCUGCUGUGGAUGCAGCAGAGUGGAGGGGAUAUACGCCACUCAUGGCUGCUGCUAAAAGAGGAUUUGCGGACAUUGUUCAGGUGCUGCUGAGUCGUGGAGCCACUGUCGAAGCUGUCAAUAGAGAUGGCAAUCGAGCAUUAGAGAUCGCUGCCCGUAGCGGACGCACUGCAAUCGUCCGACUCUUGCUGGAGAAUGGAGCCUUUGUCGAUGCACCAAAUCGCACGCGUGGGUACACCGCGUUAUCCACUGCUGCUCUGUGUGGCCACAUUGAAGUUGCUCAUUUGCUGUUGAGUCAUGGAGCGCGUGUCGAAGCUAAAAGUUGUAUUGGAGACACACCGCUUCUUCUCGCUGCAACUCGAGGGCGUCUCGAUGUUGUGCGUGCGUUGCUUGCCCAUGGUGCGUCACCGAACACAAAGAAUGUGGUGGGGGAGACACCAUUAUCGCGGGCUGUUGCUGGGGGCUACGUGGAGAUUGCAGCACUACUGCGAAUCGCUGCAGGCACUCGAAGUCGAGGAGCUCUCAGCUCAGCUCAAGCUCGACAAGUUACCAGCCUCAGUUAUGAAUGUUUUAUUUGAUUAGUUUGUGUUUUUAAUCGGCGUAAAAACAAUUUGGCAGAUAUGUGG